AUCAAUAAGGCUGAAAUUUGGCAAUACAAUAUAAUUUGAAUACCAAGAAGCCCAUAAGAAAGGCUUCAGAAAUACCCGUAAGAAAUUAUUUUGGGCCUAAAGUAAGCCCAUAAAAAUUUUAUGAGAUCUGACCGUUGGAGGCGACGAAAUGUAACCGUUGAGAAUCCCAGGCGUUUUUCGGCAAUUUAAAUAUCUGUUAGUCUCUGUCACCGAUAUCUGUUUCUAUCAUCCAACGUUUUGAACUCUUUUUUUUUUUUUUUUCAUAAUCAACAUCACAUUCUCGUUUGCUUGCACAUUUUUGCUAAACCUCUGUUUAAUUUUGGUUCGACAAUGGCUGAAUUGAAGGAUGCUCAUAUCCUAGAGAUCUCCGUAAAUGAAGAACAGCAACAGAAACUUUUGUGUGUCAUGAACACAGUCACAGCUAUUCAGAACCACCCACUGGCAGAAAUCUCCCAUAGUCCAGGCCAUCUCCUGCUUCUCAAGCUGUGGCAAAGAGAAGAAGAUCUUUUCUGCCGCCGAACUGGAGCAAAAGAGUCUAGAAUGGAAGCAAUCAAGCGCGAAAUCUUCGAGCUUUGUUGUUUCCUUCUAUUCUUCCAUGGGAUCUUCUUAACCAUACUGUUUACAUCUUCCAUUAACAGCAGAGAGCAUAGUUGCAGAAAAUGGUGGAUACCCUCCUUUGUGUCUCUGUCAGCUUCUCUUGUUUUUGUGUUUUUGGUUCAAGUUAAAGUUGUUAGGUACUGGAAAGUGUGGAGGCAGUUGCAGAGGGAAAGGGACGACAAUAGAGCCCUGGCGAGGUGUGUUCAAGAGCUGAGAAUGAAAGGGGCGAGUUUUGAUUUGUCGAAGGAGCCACAGAGAGGGAAGAAAAUGAAGAGCUCCAGUGUUGAGAUCAAAUGGAAACCACUCACUUGGUGUUCACAGUAUCUGGUUAAUAUCUGUAUUGUUUGUCUCUCAGGAUUGAUCUUUCCUGCUUCAAAAUUCAUUGUCUGUUGAUUCAAAUCAGAGAGAUGCUUAUGAGACUCAGAUCAUACAAAAGGCAACGGAUUUACUUUGAUCAAGUGAAAGUAAUGAAGCUUCUCGUUCAUGCCAUUUCUCGGGAGAAACUGUUGGAAAUGCUGAAUCUUGGGGUCUGAAAUUUCAUUGUUCGGCAGCCAAUAAAAGAAGGGUCCUAUGAGAUCUAACUCCUAUCAAGAAUUUUUCUUUUUGGAAGACAAUACAUAGGACUCGUAAAGUUGGAUACUAUUUUAAGUGUAUUUUAAACAUUUAAAUAUAAUUUUAUUAAGUCCAUUAUUAAUUUUUAGUAUUAAUUUAAUUAAA